AUGUUUUUCAAGCCGUUGGAUCUGACCACGGCAUUGAGACCAUUGCUCUUGCCAGACGAGACUCUCCUCUUUGUUCAAGAUGCGGUUGGACUAUAUGAGGGAAAGUACAAGAUUUCCAAUUUCCAAGACGGCCAUGCCUAUCUGACAUCCCACCGAGUGUGCUAUGUGGCUGCUGAUGAGCCUCGGAAGUACUCUGUUGGUAUUGAUCUAAAAGAUAUCGAUCGAGCCGAAUACCAGGCCGGCUUUCUCAAAUCCUCCCCAAAAAUUAAUAUAUAUUCAAAGCUGCCCAAGGGAAAGACCGACAAGGCCCGAAGCGCAACUUCCAGUCCUGCUGUAUCACAACAAGCCACUCUCCAUCCAGCUCAACCGCUCUCUCCUCGCCCCCAAAGCGCCAUACCGCAACAGUCCCAGUCACCAAAGCCAGUCAAUGCAACAUGGAUCUGUCCCAUAUGCUCAUUUUCCAACCCUGUUCCUUCAAAUUUUGACCCUGCCACAGCCACCUCGGGGACUCAUUUGCCACCUUGUCUGGCAUGCGGUAUCAAGCCGCCCUUCACGACCGUACUCAAAGCUGCAAUCAGCGCGGUGACGAGCAAAGAAUCACAGUCAUCGGGUUCAAAUACACUGCCCACAGAAUAUCGGAUCCCACAAAAUAAUGGAAGUGGACAAGUUCCAGCGAAGGGACCCGGUGGAGCGGUGCCAUGCCCUCGAUGCACAUUUGUGAACCACCCGUCCUUGAUAGAGUGCGAGAUGUGUGGUGCGCCAUUGGCAUCAAUCAGUCUGUCAGUCCCUGGUGGUGACAGUAGCCGUGCUGAUUCCCCCGCUCCAUUCUUCAACCAUGCUCAUAUCACCAACACAGAAGUGACGGAUAAUAUCAAGCUUUCUUUCCGAGAUGGCGGGGAGAAGACUUUCCUUGAGCGACUUAAAGGAGCUCUCAUCCAAAGAAAAUGGCUGUUACAUAAUGCCCCCCCAGUGCCUCCGCCAUCACAGGGAACUGCGGCGUCGAGCACGCCCACCCUAACUGCCUUGGCGAGUCCCCAGCCAGCCGCCCCACGUGCUACGGCUGCGGGGAUUGCGGGUCUGGAGCAACGAGGUCUUGAAACCCGUAUGAACAAUCAACUCAUCAUUGGCAAUGCCUUUGAGGAUCUUGAAGCCCUCAUGGCCUCUGCUAAGCAGAUUGUUGCUUUGGCUGAGACUCUGGCACGCGAGUCCGGUAUGAGUGCCAAUGAAGGAAGUACAGCUGAGACCAACGCGGUGCUUUCCGAGUCCGCUACGGCCCUGGGAAUGGUAACGACCAAGGACAUGCUCAGCUCGGGAUCUGAGAAUCUUUAUCUAUCAGAGCUGUCCCGUAACCUGGCCGAGUAUUUAACAGACGAUCGGAAGGGGAUUCUACAACGCGAAGGGGGCAUCAUGAGUCUGAUUGACCUGUGGGCUAUGUUCAACCGGUCCCGAAAUGGCGUAGAGCUGGUCAGCCCGGUGGAUUUCCAACGCGCAGCCGAAUUAUGGGAGAAGCUAAAGUUACCCGUGCGUUUGCGCCGUUUCAAAAGUGGUCUGUUGGUGGUUCAGCGAUAUGACUGGAGCGACGAGAAGACCGUCCGACAACUUCAGGAUUGGAUGUCGGAGCUGCGUCAAGUCCCACCAGAUGAGCCGGUUCCGUGGGAUUGGAUGAUGUUCGGUCGGGCCGUAACAGCACAGGAAACGGCGCAGCGAUUUAAAUGGAGUGUCGGUGUGGCUGCCGAGGAGCUAGAGAUGGCCGAAGAUCGCGGGGUUCUGUGCCGGGAAGAGGGGAUUGAGGGUUUACGGUUCUGGAGCAACCACAUUGUUGUCUCAUCACCCGUAGAGGUUUAG